GAGGCGGAGAUAACGCCGAGGAGCGGCAGGGGGGAUGGGAGAGGAGCAGCGGGAGGAAGAGGAAGAGGAGGGACAAAGGCGGAUCGAGGCUGAGCGGACGGAUCCACGAUGUGGAGCCCUGCCUGAAUUCGCAGCCCCCCACCUGUGGGAUCAUCUCCCCCCGCAUCGCGCCGAGCAGGAGCGGAGCAUGGAGAGCAGGGAGGACAAAUGCCCGCGGCAGGAGCUGGUGGCAGAGGCCGUUUUGAGCGGCUCCACGCGCAGGAAGGCAACGGGAGAAAAGGCGCGGAGAUGCCGCACGAGGAGAGGCUGCAAACGCAGCCGGCGGGGAUGUGAGGGGGAAAGAGCCGGCCUGGGGCGGGAAGGCGGCCGGAGACGGAGGCAGAGCUCGGAGCUGGUGCUCCGUGAGCAGCUCCGUGAUGGGGAGAAGCCCCACACGUGCGGGGAGUGUGGGAAGAGCUUCAGGUGGAACUCCGGACUGAUCGAGCACCAGAGGAUUCACACUGGGGAGAGGCCCUUUGAGUGUGGGGAGUGUGGGAAGAGCUUCACCCAGCGCGGCACUCUGAUCACGCACGAGAGGACCCACACGGGGGAGAGGCCCUUUGAGUGUGGGGAGUGUGGGAAGAGCUUCACAGAGAGCUCCAGACUGAUCGUGCACCAGAGGAUCCACACUGGGGAAAGGCCUUUCGAGUGUUCCGAGUGUGGGAUGCGCUUCAGCCACAGGUCCACCCGGAACAAGCACCAGAGGAUCCACACAGGGGAGAGGCCCUUCGAGUGUGACAAAUGCAGGAAGAGGUUUCAGACCCGCGCCGAUCUCUUCCGCCACUUUCAGACUCACACAGAGGAGAAGCCCUUCCAGUGCCCUGAGUGUGGGAAGGGGUACAAGAAUAAGUCCAACCUCAUCACCCACCAGCGUAUCCACACUGGGGAGAGGCCCUUCGAGUGUGACAAAUGCAGGAAGAGGUUUCGGACCAGCACCCAUCUCCUCCAGCACUAUCAGACUCACACAGAGGAGAGACCCUUCCAGUGCCCUGACUGUGGGAAAGGAUUCAGGCAGAACUCCCACCUCAUCAGGCACCGGCGCAUCCACACAGGGGAGAGGCCCUACGAGUGUGAUAAAUGCAGGAAGAGGUUUCGGACCAGCUCUUAUCUCCUCGAGCACUAUCGGAUUCACUCAGAGGAGAGGCCCUUCCGCUGCCCCGACUGCGGGAAGGGAUUCAAGUACAACUCCAAACUCGUCAGGCACCGGCGCAUCCACACUGGGGAGAGGCCCUACGAGUGUCCCCAGUGUGGGAAGAGCUUCUCACACAGCUCUGACUUGACCCAACACCAACGUAGACACCACUAAGGGAAGCCCUGUGAGUGCCCCGAGUGCGGGCAGAGCUUCGUGCGCUGCUCCAGCUCCAUCCCCCACUGGAGGAGGCACUGUGGGCACAGCCCUGGUCACUCACAUUCCCUGUGAUCCAUGCUGGGAACACACAUGGAGGCUUGAAAUUUUGGUUUGGCCUUAAUAUUUCUUCUUUCUCCAUCUCUUUGCACUCCAAAAUCUACGAGGGAUGGAUCUGUCACCUCAAAACCACUCAAAUCCCACUGAAAACAGCUCAAUUUUACCCCAAAACUGCUCAAUUGCAACUCAAAUAAGUCAAUGUCAUAAAAAACUCCAUCGAUUCUCAGCCACCUGAGUAAGAUUGCGCUGGAAGGGGACUGAGAGAAGCGUGAUCUCACUUAGGGUGGUGGGAUAGGGAUUAUCUUGGGCUGGGUGUGUGGAAUGUAUUUGAUACGAAAUAAACCUGUCAGACCGAC